AUGGUUACUUUAUUUGCUAUAAUUCUGCCAGAAUUGUUAAUAAAAACUCACGAAUAUUUUUCGUCUUAUUACCUCUACUCAUUUGAAGAAAAUAUACCUUAUAAUGGUUAUAUGUUUAUCAUAGGAGAUGGUAUAAUUAUUUCUGAUCUAAGACUCUUCGCCAAAUAUAAAAGUUACUUAUAUAACGAUCCCAUUGAUAAAUACAAUCAAGCAGGCAUAGGGAAUAAUGAUAAAAUAUCCCAAUUUUUAAACCAUACUUCAAUACCCAAAGUCAAAUUAUUUACUACAGACAAAAUACCAGAUAAUAAGCAAAUUUUCCAUGAUAUAGAUAAACCUAGCGAAUUUUCCGAUAAUAAUAAUCCAUCGCAAAAACUAAGUUCUCGUCCAUUUUUUACUUUUUUCAUAGAAAAUCAUGCAGAAAAAGAAAUUAUGCCAAAGGCAAAUAAAGCAGCUAGUGUCUCUAUAGCGUUACAAGGCUAUAACAACGAUCCCACUAUAACAGAAAAAGGUAGAAUCCCGACAUACAAUUUCAGCCAAAUAUUGUUGACCUCAACCAAUGAUUACGAUUCAACUUUCCCCUCAUCCUAUCAAAUCAGGUGGACACCUUUGAGAGAUAUGUCGAGCAACGAAUACUUCAACGAUUUACGUGUGAGCAAAAAAAGAAAAAGAAUCAAACAUAAAGAGAUCCCCUAUCCAGAGCAAACUAUGCAUAAACAUUUGCCCGUGAGAGAUAGAAAACAAAAUUUUGGAUUUCAGGAUAAACUCUUAUAUAAUAAUUUAAACGAUAAGGAAAACGGUAUCCGAUCUGAGAUAGCUAGGGCCUUUAGCCACAUGAAAUACCAAAGCUUGGAUCCCGAGUUGAUUCCUUCGAAAAUCAAAAUGAAAGUUAUGAAGAGUACUUUUAAAUUUUACGAAAAUCUAUCAAAUUUUGACGGAUCUUCAAUAAAUGACAAUUUUAAAAAAGGCAUGGGUUUAGCUAACAUUGAAAGAUAUCAUUGGUUUCAACUGGGCAAACCAGAUAAAAAUAACAGAAUAUCGGAGGCAUCCAUAAUUAUAGGAGACGACAAAGAGAGUGUGAAUAAUCCAAUUUAUUUUAGCACCCCUCGUACGACAAAAAUGAACCACGAGCGACAAAAUCACCAUUAUAUUGAUUAUCGAAACCGACCAAAUGAUAUUAAAUCAAGUACUAAACAUGGUAAGCCGUUUCAGUUUUACUUUCUACCAAAUAUUCCCAAAGAAGUUAACAAGAAUGGUGAAAAAUCUUUUAUGAUUAAAUUGAGCGCUGAAACUCAAGUAGGCAAGUCUCAGGAAAAGGCGAACGCGUUAAAAUUGAUUCCACUUAGGGGGAGAAACUUUUUGCGUGACAGAAGGUUUGAUUUCGUUAAAGGAAAAUCUGGGAAAAUUAAAUUUCCCAUUGAUGAGGUUAGUUCCUAUUUAAGUUUAACCACUCCAGACAACAAUUUAUUGCGCGAUCAUAGAUAUAAACUAAAUCAUCCCACUCCAUCAAAUCCCAAGCAUAGUGGAACAUAUUUAUUUAGUGUUGUCAAACCUGACCGUGGUAUCUCUAAUAGAGGAAAAUCCCACGCAAUUAACCGAAUCAAACACGAUAAAAUAUCUAAAAAAGAAAUUGGAGGUAAUGAGGUAAAUAUAGUACAAGGCUCAAAAGAUAUGGAUGAAAUAAACUCGGACGCUUUGGCAUUGAUGGUUAAUUACACUGAUCAAUUUUACGAUUUUCAAAACGUGAUGGAAACGCACAACAAAAGCUCUAAAGACCGAAUGUCAAAUUCGAUUAAUUUUGAUAUCGAUCCCAUUGUAAAAUAUAAUGCCCUGCCAAGGCUUAGACCUGCUGAUAUUCUUAGCAAACCGGAGCGUAGAAUAUUCCCAUUUUACAAGGGCUCUUUUCAAAUGGAUGCCUUAUCGGAUGGAAGUUCUGACGAACCUCAGAUAUCCAGAAAUUUGUUACAUCAAGGUAUAAAAAGAUCUCACAAAGGAAAGCAUUUAGAUGAGCCAUACUAUUCAAGAAAUAAAAAUAACGAUUACAGGGUUAAAAAGAUCCCGAAAUCCAAUAAAAAUAAUAAAUGGGAUAAAAUGUGGUAGAUAUUAUCAAACAUUUACGUUGUAAUUUAUUUAUUUUAUUAACUUUUUGCACCGUACAUUGAUUGUAA